GUUUCAUUGUUGACAGCACUACUUCCGCCCCAGGAAGACACUGAAAAAGCCGCAGCAUCAACAUCUACAGAUAGACUCAGUUCAUAAAACAUUUUAAUCAAAUCGUUCACUGAGGAUGUCGGGACUGAAGCGUCCGUCUGAACCCAGCGGCGGGCCUUCCUCGUUGGGCGCACCCCCUGAGAAACGAAGGGACCGGGAAGGUGGAGAAGAUGUGGUUCAGGGUGUCAGUGCCACUGCGGGGGGGAGUACCGCCGUGGAGACCGUCAUCAAGCUGGGAGGGGUGUCCAACUUGGAGGAGCAGGAUGUUAAAGCUCUCCAGGCUAAGAACAGGAAGCUGGGAGAAUCCCUCGAUCAAAGACAGGUAAUAGAGGAUGAGCUGAGAGAGAGAAUCGAGAGGCUGGAGACUCGUCAAGCCACGGAUGAUGCCAGUCUACUAAUCCUCAACAGAUACUGGAAUCAGUUUGAUGACAAUGUCAGGCUGAUUGCCAGGCAGUACGACCAAUCAGGAAGCGAGCCGAUGGAAACGCCAGCUGGGGAGGGGCGGAGCCUGAAGCCUGAUACCCCUGAACCGGAUGGAGACUCAAACCAGGAGAGGACCAAAGGUAGAGGCCCCUCAGGGGAGGCGGCCACCUCCUUCCUGGCCACGCUGGCCAGCAGCAGCAGUGAGGAGAUGGAGGCGGAGCUGAAAGAGAGGGUGGAGUCCAGCCAGAAGCAGGCCAAUCGUGUGGUGGAGAUCUACGACUGCCUGCAGAGCACCGUGGAGCAGCUGCAGAGGGAGACGGACUCUGGCGCUGAGGGGUCUGUCUGGCAAGUCGCCGCCCAGCUCAACACCCUGCUGUCCAAUGAGAACGAGCGGCUGCGUCAGCUGAUCGGGGACCUCGAGCAGAGGCACAGUCACAUGACCAGUGAGUCCCGGCCCCUUGGUCGUGCGGUAGCCAAGGCGGACACGCGCGUCAGUGAGCUGCAGGCUCUGAUAGAGGAGCUGCAGUGGGACAUGGAGAAGAUCAGGCGGCGAGAAAACCGCCUCAACACACACUUGGGAGAAAUACUGGAGAGGGUAAACAGUAAAGGCUACAAGGUGUGUGGGGAGGCCAGUAGUGUGUGUGGAACCAUCACCAUCAACAAGAGAAAGUUUGAAGACAUGAACAGUGAGUUGGAGGAGAACCGGGAGCUGGCGGAGAACCGUCUGAGUGAACUGCAGAGACUGCAGCAGGACCUGCAGAACGUCAACCAGGAGAACAACAACAUGAAGCCCUGCCCCAGGAUGACCCUGGUGCCAGGCUGGUACUCAGUCAGCUAUAGUGAAUUGGAGCUGGAGUUGCUGAGUCGUGCUGAGGGGGUGGUGAGGGACAGCUCUGAGUACCGCUGUCUCCAGUCCCAGUUCUCCGUCCUCUACAACGAGUCCCUGGUCCUGAAGGGCCAGCUGGAUGAGACCCGCACCCGCCUCAACACCACCAGGACCGCACGCCUGCGCCAGCUGGAGCACAUGGAGAAUGACGAGGUGUCUCUCCAGAGGAAGGUCCGUACCGAGGUGUUCCAGCUGGAGGACACCUUGGCCCAGGUCCGGAAGGAGUACGAGAUGCUGAGGAUCGAGUUUGAGCAGACCCUGGCGGCCAACGAGCAAGCCGGUAAACAGCGCAGCCUCGCACUGCUCCACUCACACGCAGGUCCCAUCAACAGAGAGAUGCGUCACCUGAUCAGCACCCUGCAGACCCACAACCAGCAGAUGAAGGGGGAGGUGGUGAAAUUCAAGCUGAGACUAAGAGAGGCCCAGGCCGACCUCAGCCAGGCUCGCGCUUCGAAGGGCAGCGCCGUGCUCCAAUCACAGUCUAGCACGGAGCUGGACGUGAAGGAGGAGACCACCUCCCCUCUGCCGGUGACCGCCACCGGUGAUGUCACAGUGAAGGCGGAGUCUGAUAAUGGAUCGGCCACUCCCACCAGCACAGGGGCCUCUGUGAAGACAGAGCCGGGCACGGAGGCAGACGGAGUGAAGGAAGAGGACAACGAGAAAGUCAAGAAGGAGGAGAAAGAGAAGGAGCGAGAGAAGGAGAAGGAAAGGCCGCUGCGCGGAGGAGGCGGGGCCGUGAAGGAGGAGAAGGAGAAGGCCGGGAGUAGCAACCAAUCGGAGGAGGUGGCCGGCGAACGGCCGCCUGUGAUUGGAGGACCAAAGAGGAAGGAGGUGGAGCAGCUGAAGAUUGUCAGGACGGAGCUUAAGAAGGCCCAGGAGUCCCAGAGAGAGAUGAAGCUGCUGCUGGACAUGUACCGCUCGGCCCCCAAAGAACAGAGGGACAAGGUGCAGCUCAUGGCUGCAGAGAAGAAGGCCAAAUCAGAGGCGGAGGAGCUGAAGCAGCGACUGAGGGACCUGGAGGAGAGGGAGAGGAGGGAGGGGAAGAAGAUGGCUGAUGAGGAGGCCCUGAGGAAGAUCCGCUCUGUCGAGGAGCAGAUCGACAUCCUCAACAAGAAGCUCUCCCUGGCCAAGCAGGAGGAGGACGCUCUCCUGAGCGAGAUGGAUGUGACGGGCCAGGCGUUCGAGGACAUGCAGGAGCAGAACAUCCGCCUGAUGCAGCAGCUGAGGGAGAAGGACGACGCCAACUUCAAGCUGAUGAGCGAGAGGAUCAAGUCCAACCAGAUCCACAAGCUGCUCAAGGAGGAGAAGGAGGAGCUGGCCGACCAGCUGCUCACCCUCAAGACCCAGGUGGACGCCCAGCUGCAGGUGGUGAAGAAGCUGGAGGAGAAGGAGCGCCUCCUGCAGGGCACCAUCGGCACGGCGGAGAGGGAGCUGGCUCUGAGGACCCAGGCCCUGGACAUGAACAAACGCAAGGCCCAGGAGUCCCUGCUGCUGUCGGAGGAGGGCCGCGCCCAGCUGGAGCAGGUGCAGCAGAGACUCAGCACCGUCAGGGAGGAGGUGAUCGAGAACAGCAUCUCCAGGGAGAAGGAGUCCUUCAACUCCCGCCGCGCACAGGAGGACAUCUCGAAGCUGAGGAGGAAGAUCGAGAAGGCCAAGAAACCGGCCGAGAACGUCCGCAACGGAGACGAGAUCCUGAACGAGGAGAUCAACGAGUACAAGGCUCGCCUGACCUGCCCGUGUUGCAACUCGCGGGUGAAGGACGCCGUCCUGACCAAGUGCUUCCACGUCUUCUGCUUCGAGUGCGUCAAGACGCGCUACGACACCCGGCAGAGGAAGUGCCCCAAGUGCAACGCGGCCUUCGGCGCCAACGACUUCCACCGCAUCUACAUAGGAUAGUGUGUGGCGGGGGAGGACUGUGGGGGGGGGGGGGGAGAGAUCUGUAGUGUCCAGAAGCUUCUUUCUCCAUCCGAUCUCUUUGCCUCAAACCCCACCCGCAUCUUGUGACGGACACAACCCUGACGUCUCAACGGAGAGAUCACGAGGUGAAGAUGGUGUAUGAUCACUAGCUGGUUGUCCACUCUGUUGCCUGAGUGGAAUUAAAGAGAGACUGAAGACUGUGGUAGCUCACCCCUAACUGGGCGCCUCGAUACAUGUCUCUGAGCCGGUCACCCCCUGGCCCUGUCCACAGCCUGGAGGACUGGACAGAGACUUGUAGCCUUUUCAUAGUUGACCGAGUAUUUCCACCCGGGACCGCUAGUUCGGUGUCUUCGGUUUUGGGAGGAAGUCAAGGGGCAUAAAGCUACCUAUCAGCGCCCUGCGCUCCUUCCCUCCAACCAGAAGGAAUUUUCCUGUGACACAAAUAUACGGACUGUUUUUUUAUGGGCUGAAUUUAGCUCCUCUUUUUUUGCCUCCUUCUCCCCCCAGUGCUCCUUCUGCUACUGGGCUGGGUUAGAGACACCUUGCACCCAUUAGAUAGAAGUGGGGGAGAGACACAUACAUGGAGAGGGAUGAAAGAAAUCAGUAGUGAGUUCCUAUCAUGCUCUGUCUGUGACCUGUGUGUCUGUGGUGAUUAUGAUGAUGAUGAAGAAUAUAUACAAUUGUUGUUCUCCUGACUGUUGUUUUUCCUGUUUUUUAUUUUAUUUGAAUGCUGCCUCAUCGGGCCAUGAUGUGCUGUGCUAUGGAUACCUGCAACUGAUGCUGUGUGAACGCUGCUCUGCAAGUCAUUAAACUGCCAACAAAGUUACAUAAUGA